AUGUAUUUUGGGAAUAGGGGUGCUUUCCCCGUUUUGGAUGUCGCGUCGCGGUCACGAGCUCGAAACAUCUUGUCUCCGCACUUCAUCGCCCCAAGUAUGUCGUUUUCAACACGGAACUCGUACUACCUGCGCAUCUCGAAGAACACCGUUCUGCCAAUAUACGUUUACUUGGAUGAGCGUCAUGUCGAUUGGAUGUCGGACGCGGUGCUUCAGCACGUCCUAGCGGACCUUCGUCCACAUGUCCUACCGAAACACCAGGCUGAAGCAGACUCGCUAACUGGAGGAGGUGGAUCGUCUUCCAAGAAGGCUACGGCUACUGUCGAUACUCACCGAGGAGAUUCAUAUCAGUUCUGUUAUUUCAUUCGCAAAACUGAACCACAUUCAGUCGUCAUCAAGACCAGGAACUUUCGCGCUGCUCCUCCGCAGCCCAAACGGCCAAUACGGCCACAGCAGACGGUCAGCCCCUCCAAAAGCAAGAAGGGAAAAAGGAAAGAAACUGCCACAGCUACCUCGCCCUCUAGGACCAGAAGCAAGAAGCGAAAGACCGCAGACACCGUACAGGAAGAUGAUGAAGACGUCAAUAUGGACGACCCGCAAGAUGGAGAUAAUAUCACUAUGCAAGAGGAGCCUUCAAUCGAACUGCAGAUCGAGGAAGAAGAGGAGAAACCGAAGCCCAUCCUUACCCUGACCUACCAAGGGUUCAACAUAUACGGACACUGUCUGUGCGUGGUUGUCGAGCCGUGGCCUGUAGUACGGCAUGCAUUGGCAACAUCUUCUGUUGUUGCGAGGAAGACGCCGUUCGACCCUCCUCCGCGAAAGGCAAUAGCAUCUCAAGCUGGUAGCAGCUCUGACAAGGGCAAACAACCUCUUUUCCUGCCAGAAGACGACGACGAGCCGGGACCUCCAGGCCGAACGGCAGGUCAACACGUCAACAAAGCCUUCCUUGACCAAGUAUUCUUGGGUGUCAUUGACAUUUCCGACGACGAGGACGAAGAGCAAGGUGGUAUGAUAGAAUUCAGCCACGUUCUCCACAACGCUGGCGAUUCAAGGGCAGGAGCUAUCAAUGAUGACGAGGACAUGGAUGGGUCUGUUCUAUUCGGCGAUGCGGAUGAGUUUAGGGAGUUGUGA